AUGGACCAGACAAGAACGCAAACGAACACGCCGCCUGCAGAGGCCGUUGGUUUGCACCAGGAGACCCGCAAAGCAUCAUUGGCCAGCGGCGAACCGGCUCGGAUGCCCAGUGCGCAGGAAUCGGGGGUAUGCACCGCUGGCGCGCCUGCGCCCGCGAAUGUGAGCAUGCACGGCGUCGCAGCGGCGACUGUUCUGGGCGAGACACGCAGCAGUGUUCACCAGACGCAGCCCACAUUGCCUGCACUGCCCGCUGGCGCGACCAGUGCGAGCUGCGGCACGGUAGCGACUUCACCCGAGUCCUGCGGCGAGCCCAUGUUCUGCACAGCGCUUGAGCGCGGCUCUGGCGAACUCUUCAAACAGUUUGACGCCAAGACAGGCCAGUUUCUCGCAAGGCCCGCUGCUGACAACAGUGGUAGUGGUAGCGGUAGCAGCAGCUCAGGAUCGGAGGGAUUUGUCGAAUCGGCUGAAGCGCCCGUGAUGCGGGCCGCAAUACGGGCCGCUCCACUGCCGUCACCAGAUCCGAUGGCUAAGGGCGUUUACCAAACUCUAGCGUCGCUAAAAGCGGCGGCCGUUAAAAACAACAAGACUCGAUCUCACUCGGUCCCCUCAAUACUGCACUCGUCUCUGCGCAAAAUCGGCAUCUCUACUUCGUGCGGGCUCAUGUCGCCACAGCGUGAGGAGGACUUGCCUGAUCACGAGCAACAGCAGCAAGAGCAGACGCAGGAACCAGGAAACCAGAGCGCACAACAGGACGAGCAACAGCACGUUAAGCAAGACACAGUGCACGAACCAUCAGAUCUACAGGUCCAGCCGCAGGCGCAACUGCCAAUACACCAACAACAUUUGCAACACAUGACCCACCACUUCAACCAUGGCGUUAAGAAAAAACAAAGGCACAGGAACGCUUCUGCGCUUCGCCAUGCGCUUUUAACGAAUCAGCGGCUGCCCAUCCGCGACCACACCCACUUAGCACUUGAGGACAGAAUAAAAUACAUCAAGCUUCAUCCGGGGCCCAUGCCAUUACCCCCUAUAAAUUUGCAAUGCUUAAAAGAAAUCGAUUUGCAGGAAAUCGUUAAGAAUCCACAGCUACGGCACGAUAUCAUUUUCGAUCCUUUGCUGCAAUUUAGACCCAACUUGGACGGUGAAAGGGGGCUCAAGAAAAGACAAGUGGCAGACAAAUACUGGGCCGACGUUGAAAACGAAAUUCACGUCUACACUACGCGGCCCGAUGUUUUCGAUUACAACCAUACCAGACUUGUGCCUCUUUUCAACAGUUUGAAGGAAGUUUUGACCACGAUUGUACCCCAGAAGGAGGUGCACGCAGUGCAAAGUGUCCUGGACACAGAACUUCUUGUGCAAGAGCUUUUAAGGGGCUCGCUCAAACUUUCAAAUUUUUCAGAAUGGCUUGCUCAGCUUUUCAAACAUCAUUGCGCUCCGAUGAGAGACCCUUGGGUCGACAAAAUGAAUUUAAAAUUCAAAGAAUCAGAAGAGGAAAAAUCCGUUUGCAAAUUGGUCGAUGGGUUGAGACUCGUGUUCCAGAUUUUAGAAGCUAUGAAGCUGGAUAUUGCCAAUCAUCAGAUAAGAAUUUUGAGACCCGCGCUCUUGAGUAACGCUGUCGAAUUUGAAAAGCAGUAUUUCCAAUCUUUGAUGUCUUCAAACCGCGUGAACUUGAAAUCUUCGUUCAAAUGGUUCAAUGAUAAAUUUGCAGAACAAAGUUCCAGUGACAAAAAGACUCUUUUGAGAGCUCCGGAGCUUUAUCGAUUGUGCAUUAGGAGCAUCAUCAGCUUACUGUCGUGCCGGAGAAUGGUCAGAGAGUACCCAACGUCGCUGUCGUUUGACCAUGCGCGUCUCAUCCUACUGCGUGCAGAUAUACGACAGAUCGUGUGCUUGUUAGUUUGCAAGCUGUUGUUUAAACAGUUGAUCGCCAACGAUGUUUCCAUGGACAAACGUACCAAGGAUUACGUGUUAAACUCGUAUCCGGGCAAGAAACUCAAGCAAGAAAUUGUAAGCAUUAUCACUGACGAACACGGUAACUGUCGGUGGACGAAAAACACCAUGUCAAUUGCCAUACAUCUAUGCAAAACCAUCAGGGAUCUCAAAACCCAGUGCAUUUUAGAAAACACGCCAAACACUGGCACAUCUGCACAGUUAACAGACACUUCACCGCUAAACACGGCACAAAUCGAUUUUGCCAAAUCAUGGCUAUCCAAACAAACCCAACCCUUAAGUGAAGUUUAUGGAGUUUUGGAAAACCGCGUUUUCAAAUCUUUAGAAAACUCCAUAUUUUCAAGGUCAGGCUGCACCCAAGACGGAACCAUCAAGCAAGACUUCAUACACUUAUGCAGCACCACUCCAUCCGGUGCAUCUGUCACCUCCAGCACACCCAGCACGCUCGCUGGGAACGUCAACACCACUUCAAAGCUAGCAUCCUCUAACGCCUCGUUCAAGGACUCUCCCGAACAAAAGCUGCCUUCAGCUCCACAAACCAUUGGCCAAACGUCGCCGUUCAUGGACGUGGAAGAAUUUGAAAGCUUGUUCUGUCAUCUCUAUACCCUGGUUAAUUUUCAUUGGUCGGUUUUCGGUUGUCUUUAUAUGGACUCUCUGCACGACGCAGUUUCCGGAGUAAACUAA